UUCUUUCCUUUUGCAGUCUUGGCCUUGCAGUCCAUCUCAGAUGCUGCCUCCAUCUCUCCUCGCCUGCCCACACACGUGGUUAUGACCUCCAUCAUUGUGGUGAACCAGGAACCGUUCAACAUGGAUCAGUUGUCUUUGAGCUGGGAGCAUAACGGGCACCUCCUGGUGGAGUACAGAGAUAAUAAUGUGACCUCCUAUGAACCCCGGGCGUUGAUGCCUCAGGAGAAGUUUAAUGAGGGUAACUUCUCUCUGAUCCUUAUUAAUAUCACCAUCAAUGACACCGGAAACUACACCUGCAAGAUCCAAUACGACAGGUCGGAACAGACCAUCCAGUACGCCCUUCAAGUAACAAAAAACAGGAUCCAGUUGAUUGAUCUGUCACCCAAGAAGGUUGAUGAGAACAAUGAUAGGAAUGCGCAGAAGAUUAAGCUGAUGAAACGGUCAUCGAAGAAGUCUGCCCAGCAAAGCACUUCGUCAAGCCCUGCA